AUGUCAAUAGACAGACCAAAACCGUAUACUUUUGCUAUACGUUGCUUACAGUGGACUACAGUUAUUGAGAGAAUGUUCCAUGUCGAAACUGCAGAAGAAAGGGAAAAGUGGGUACAAGCCAUUAAAUCUGUGUCUGAAAGAUUAUCAAAUGAUUGUGACGAUGUAAAAAUGAAUAAUGCAACUAACCCUGAUAUGAUGGUUGACUUGUGGGAAAAGUGUUCAUUACAAGGCACUCCCGAAUAUCUUGCACCUGAAGUCUUGGAGGAAAUGACUACGGAAGAGCAGUAGAUUGGUGGGGUAUUGGCGUCGUCAUGUACGAAAUGACGUGCGGACGAUUGCCCUUUUACAAUAGAGAUCUAGACAUGCUCUUUACUCUGAUUCUGAUGUCAGAUGUUAAAUUUCCCAGAAAACUUGAGUGAGGAAGCUAGAAAUUUGCUCUCAGGACUACUCAUCAAAGAUCCCACUAAAAGGUUAGGUGGAGGUCCAGACGAUGCCAAGCAAAUUAUGGCUCACCCUUUCUUUGACAGCAUUAAUUGGAGAGAUCUUGAACUAAAGAAGAUUCCUCCUCCUUUCAAACCUCACGUAACCUCCGAUAUAGACACUAGGGUAUUUUGAUCAAGAGUUUACUGAUGAAAGUGUGGAACUAACACCUCCAGAUAGCACAGGACCCUUUGGGCUCCAUCGAAGAGGAACCUCAAUAUUUCCCACAAUUCAGCUUUCAGGAUUUAUCUUCGACUCUGAGCAGCUCGGCCUAUGUUAGUGGAAGUAUGGCUAGUGUUGCAAAUAUUAUGCAGUGGAGAUUGAGAGGGUCAUAGAUUCAUGAGUACCUACC